CGUCCCUGUCAAUCCACUAAACUAAACCAUUCUCCUUCCCAAUGGAAGAAGCUGCCUACACAAAAGUAGUUAACUUGAUGAAUUCCUUCUCCUUCCUCCUCCAUCUUCUUCUUCCCCCAAUGCCAUUGACCUGAUCAAGGACCCAUCUGCAGUCUCAUCUUGUAAUGGAGUUCCAGCUUGAAAACCCAUUGCUGGCGGACUCUACCACUGCCCCUUCCCAUCCCCUCUUCCUCAUUGAACCAGACCACAUGCCCUCGGAGAAGUACACCGAGAACCUCAGGUUCGGGGACUUCGACUUCGCCGUCCGACGAGACAUCAUCUCCUCAAUCUCUCAGCUAUGUUCCGGGCUCGAUCGGCUCGUGUUGUAUCUCUCUGUAAAUUAUCUCGAUCGGUUCUUAUCGAGCCAGGAGUUGCCGCAAACUAGGCCUUGGGCCCUAUGGCUCAUCGCAAUGUCGUGCGUCUCCCUAGCCGCGAAGAUGCAGGGCUUUAACGUAUCCCUCUCGGAUCUUCAGGGCAAUGGCGGUCUGAUAUUUGACUCCGAGACGGUACGGAGGAUGGAAGUUGUAAUCUUGGGAGCUCUCAAAUGGCGAAUGCGGUCGAUCACACCGUUCUCCUUCGUCCCGGCAUUCAUCUCUAUAUUCCAACUCAAAGAUCCUCCAGAGACGCAGGCCCUCAAAGCCAGAGCCACUGAGAUCAUCUUCAGAGCUCAAACUGAUAUCAGUCUUUUGGGCUUCAAGCCGUCCGUUAUCGCGGCGUCGUCUCUUCUCUGCGCAUCGAACGAGCUGUUCCCCUUACAGUUUUCUUGUUUUCGGGAUGCGAUCUUGGAAUGCUCGUAUGUACAUAAGGACCACUUGGAGCAAUGCUAUGAUAAAAUGCAACAAGCAGCGGUCGAGGGAUAUGAAUCAGUAGACGAAUCGGCCUUGAGAUCAGACACCCCAAACAACGUGCUAGACCAGCACUUUGGAUCCACAUCCGACAGCGAGAGGACGGGCAACACAUCCGGGAGGGCUUGUAAGAGACUGAGGACUUCCGGGUCGGGGUCGGGGUUGUCUUAAUUCAUCUGUGUUGACCUGACCCGACUUUUGGACCAAAAUCCUAUGAUGUAUGAACUUUCUAGAAAAAGAUUGAAAUUUUUUUGAAGGGGUCGUUGUUGUUGAGAGUGACAAGAGAUGGGUUCAAAGAACGAAGAGGGAAAGGGAGGGAAAGGAAAAGUUAAGGCAAUUAGUGUGUGGAACUGAGUGAGUGAGUGAGUGAGAGGUGUGUGUGAUUGCUCAUUGAGGGAGGGUCGUCUCAGCGUUAAAUAUGGUCGCUUUUCCAUGGCAGAGACAAGAGAGGAAGAAGGAGAUAAGAAGGGGGAAAUAAGACUUCGUCUUAUUGGCUGCAUUGCAUUGCCCUUUUGGUGCUUUUCUUGCAAUGGGACCAAAAAGAAUAACAGAAGUAAAAAAAAAAAAAAAAAGUCUUUUAGGGUUUGUGCAGGUGGAGGUUGUUGAUUGAUCAUCGUCUUUUCGGUCUUUGUCGACCGAGAGAUAACCUCAUAUAUGGUCAAGAUUUGUUGAAUGAGAAGAAGAAAUGUAGCCCGAAUGUCAUUAUACCUCAUGAAGGAAUCUUGAAUGAUAUGUCUAUCUAUGAGAGAUACUUAUUUCUCGAUUAUGCUC